GUGACCGGGAGGAGGGCGGCCAUCUUGGUUACAAACACAAACAAGCGGCGAGAGGAGGAAGGAGCGCGAGACGCGGAGCCGCAGAGCCCUGGAAGAGCCGUCGCGGCCUCUUUCUCCUCCUCCUCCUCCUCCUCGGCCCCCCCCGGCCCGCCCCCCCCGCUGCCUCGCCCCCGCCGCCUCGCCCACCAACCCGGAGUGCUGCGGUGACAGGAGUCAAGCCGCCGGGCUUCGUCCUUGGGGUGGGGGCGGCCAAGCCAAACCGCUUUCUUCUCCGGCCACCCCAGGCUGCGGAAGCCGCUUCGGUGGGAUCGUGCCUGCUGAGGGAGGAGGAGGAGGCUGACCCUCCCUCCCUCCCUGCCUCCAUCCCUCCUUCCUUCCUUCCUCCCUUCCUUCCCUUGCUCUUUCUGCCAGCUUCCCUCCUCCUCCUCCUCCUGCCAAGGGGCAGCACCUGCGCACGGGCUCCCUCAGGCUCCUUGGGGGUUUCAUAACACCCCCACGCACGCACACCCAGCCGGAGGGAAAAAAUCACAGCUGAGUUUUAAGCUCUCCACUGUCGCUUGGGCUGUUGGGGGUCUCAGCGGGGCGUUGAGGAAGGACGUCUUAGCCGGCCAGAGAGCCGCCCCAAGACAGGAGGAUGGCCGCCGAGAUGCUGAACUUCGGGCCGGAAUGGCUUCGCGCACUCUCCAGUGGAGGCAGCGUGGCUUCCCCGCCAUCCUCCCCUGCCAUGCCAAAGUACAAACUAGCCGAGUACCGAUACGGGCGGGAAGAGAUGCUAGCACUUUACGUCAAAGACAAUAAGGUCCCUGACGAAAUCCAAGACCGUGAAUUCUCCGCCAUCCUGGAGGAGGAGCCUCUGCAGCCCCUGGCGUUGGUCCCGUUGACCGAAGAAGAGCAGCGGAAUUUCUCCAUGUCCGUCAACAGCGUGGCCGUGCUGAGGCUGAUGGGAAAGGGGGCCGGGGUGGCCCCCGCGGGGGUCUCCCGUGGAAGAGGCAGCACGCGGAGCCGAGCAGGCCGCGGGCGAGGCGAGAGCGGUUUUUACCAAAGAAGCAUCGAGGAGGCGGAAGGCGCAGCCUUUGGCCGAGGAGGGGUCCGCGAAAUCCACCGCAGCCAGAGUUGGGAUGACCGAGGGGAUCGGCGGUUUGAGAAGCCCAUCCGGCGGGAAGGAGCCCGUGCCCCCUUUGAGGAGGGGGCUCCCCCCAGCCGCAAAGACUUUGCCCGCUCGGACAGCGACAACUGGCGCACGCUGCGUGAGGAGCACGAGGAGGAGGGAGAGGGCGGCGGCAGCGCGGGGGGCGGGUCAGGAGGAAGCUGGCGGCAGAGCGGGGGGUCCCGGCGAGAGAGCGAGCGCUGGCGGUCGGCCAGCCCAGAUGGAGGGCCUCGUUCGGCCGGCUGGCGGGAGCACGGCGGGGACGGGCGGCGGCGGAAGUUUGACUUCGACUUCCGAGAGCGUGAGGAGGAGCCGCGGGGGGGACGUCGCCAUCGGCAGAGCAGUGACAGCUUUGAGGAGGAGAAGGACGGGCUGCCCGAGUGGUGCCUGGAGGAUGAGGAAGAGGAGAUGGGCACCUUUGACUCCUCAGGGGCAUUCAUGUCCCUCAAGAAGAGCCCCAAAGAGCUGUUGUCGGAGGAGCAGGAGCUGAGUUUCCAGCCGCUGCCGGAGGAGCAAGAGGAGGAGGAGGAGCAGGAGGAGCAGCCCCCAGAGGCCACGGAGGGCAACCCCAGGGCCAGCAGGGAGGUGCCCAUCAGCCCCACCACUGUGGAGAGGGCAGAGAGAGAUCAAAAGGACUCCCGGCCUGGCCCAGAGGAAAGGAAGCUGCCGGCUCCCCCGGGCACCCCCUGGCAGCCCAGCCCUCCCUUCGUCCCUCUUGCCGCCACCACCAACGCCACCGCCAGCAACUGUGAAACCCUUGUGCCGGGGAACUCUUCCAAAGCAGAGAAGCUGGCGCUGCUGCCCUGUGGCAACCCGGAGGCAGAGGCCCUGGAUGGGGACCCGGGCCCUCUCGGCUGCCCAGCCCAGCCCACCCCUGCCGCCCUCUCUCCCCUCCCCGUGGCCCCGCCUGCUGCUCCUGCUGCCGAAUUCACGGUGGGCGACAACGAGGAUGAGGACGGGAUGAAGCACCUGCAGCAGGAAGCAGAGAAGAUGGUGGCCUCCCUGCAGGACAGCUCCCUGGAGGAGGAGCACUUCGGCCAGGCCAUCCCCGAGCACCGCAACACGGCAGCCGCCUUGCCCCUCUCCCACGAAGCAGCCAUGAAGUGGUUCUACAAGGACCCCCAAGGGGAGAUCCAAGGACCCUUCACCACCCAAGAGAUGGCCGAGUGGUUCCAGGCCGGCUAUUUUGCCAUGUCGCUCUUGGUGAAGCGGGGCUGUGACGAGGGCUUCCAGCCGCUCGGAGAAGUGAUCAAGAUGUGGGGAAGAGUGCCUUUUGCGCCCGGUCCAUCCCCCCCACCGUUGCUGGUGAGCGUAGGCUGGGGGAGGGCUGGGCGGGAGCAGGGGAACCUGGACCAGGAGCGCCUGAAGAAGCAGCAGGAACUGGCGGCCGCCGCCAUCUACCAACAGCUCCAGCAACAGCAGCUGCUUCAGCUCGUCAACAGCCGGCAAUACUCCCAGUGUGCCGCCCAGCAGAAGGUGGCGUCGGGGGAUCUGAGCACCUUCCUCCAGCAGCUGCAGGCUCUCAAGCCCAGAGCCGGGGAGCAGGGCAUGAUCCCCUCCAUGAACCGAUCCAUAUCUGUGCCAGACACUGGGUCCCUCUGGGACACACAUACCUCAGCCUCAUCGCAAGCAGGCGGUGAAGCCAGUUUGUGGGAUAUUCCAAUUAAUUCUUCAACUCAGGGUCCGAUCUUAGAACAACUUCAACUACAACAUAAACUGCAAGAGCGCCGAGGGGCUGAACUCAGGGCGAAGCGGGACGAGGACGAACGGAAGCGGCGCGAAGAGGAGGAGCUCUACCGGCGCAAACAGGCAAGGCUGCCCUCCUCUUCCUCGUGGGGCCAGCAGUCCGUCAACGCCUCUUCCGGGCAGAGCAGCUUCAGCCUGGCCGACCUGCAGAAGCUGGGAGACAGUCGGACCUGCAGGGAACUUCGGGAGGAGUGCCGCCACCAGGAAAUACUGCAGAAGCUCCUGCAGCAGCAACAGCAGAACACGCAGCCCCUCUGGGGGGGCCUGGCCAAGCAGAGCCCCUCCCUGAAGGCCCUGCUGGAGUUGCAGCAGGAGAGCGACAGGCACCUGCAGAAGCCGGCCCAACCCCGGGGUCAGCAGCGAGCGCACGGCGGACACGGUCUGAGCAGCCUCUCCUCUCAGUGGGCUUCAGACGUGGGUUCGCUGUGGGGGGGCCACGAGAAGGCCGCCCCCCUCGGCCUCUGGGAGGAGAGCAUGAAGGGCCCCGGGCCCCUCGGCCGCAACCUGGGCUUGAGGAAUAGCCGGAGCAGCCCCUCCCUAGGGGACGCCUACUCCAUCUCCAGCCGGCAGAGCAGGAAGAAAACCGACGAGGAGGAGAAGCUCCUGAAGCUGCUGCAGGGCAUCCAUAAACCUGCCCAGGACGGCUUCACCCAGUGGUGCGAGCAGAUGCUGCACGCCCUCAACGCUUCCAGCAGCCUCGAUGUGCCCACCGUGGUUGCUUUCCUGAAGGAGAUGGAGUCGCCCUACGACGUCCAUGACUGCAUCCGCUCCUGCCUGGGAGACACCCUGGAAGCCAAAGAGUUUGCAAAACAGUUCCUAGAGCGCCGUGCCAAGCAGAGAGCCAAUCAGCAGCGACAACAGCAGCAGCAGCAGCAGCAGCAGGAGGCCUCGUGGCAGUCGCUCUUCCCGGCCAACCACAGCCCCAAACCGCCAUCUUUUGAGAACAGCCAAGCCGUGAAGAUCAAGAGGCGCCCCGUGAUGCUGCAUGCAGACCCCAGCAUCCUGGGCUACGCUCUUCAUGGCGCCUCCAGCGAGCUGGAAACGGUGGAGGACUACUGAGCCCCUCCCUCCUUCCCUCCCUCCAGCCGUGGGACCCCCGUCCACCCUGCCGCUGCUGCCUUGAUCUCACCCAUUUCAGUUCCAGCUGAGAGUGCCCUGCUGGAGGGGCCUACCCCCCCACCACGAGGCAGGGUUUUGGGGGCCGUCCGGGCCCCCCCGGCGAGUGAGCGCGAGGAUCAGCUGGGCCAGGCCAGACCGGAAGGAAGGCUGUUGCGCACUUCAUUCCUUAAAAAAAGCACCUUAAACAACGCCCUCUUUUUCUGCCAUGCACUUUAUCCGAACUUUGGUGGUGUUUUUUUUUUUACAGUGACUUGUUACAGAUUGAGAAAAAAAAAGGAAAAAAAAAUUUUUUUUU